CACUUCUCCAACUACCCCCUCUUCCCCCACCUUAUAAAACCCCCUCUCUCUCCUCUCUCUCUCCUCAACUCAAAACCCCGUCUUUCUCUCUCCAACUUCGGCGGCAGAACAACAACAACAACCCCAUUAACACUCCAAUCAAAUUCAACAACAAUGGCUCUUUCUACCAACACCAUUCUUCCUACCAAAACCUCCUUCUUACCUUCCUCCUCCUCCGCCGCCGCAAACACCGCCACUUUCUCUCUCCUCCCCCGCAAACCCCGCCACAUCUCCGCCGUCCAAUCCUCCGAUAAAAACACCCCCAUUACCUCCGCCAAACCCACCAUCCCUUCCGCCGCCGCAUCAACCACCACUAUCCCCUCCACUACUCCGGCGAAGACCCAGAAAUGGACCGUUGAUAGUUGGAGGUCCAAGAAGGCAUUGCAGUUGCCUGAAUACCCAGAUCAGAAAGAACUCGAGAAUGUUCUUAAAACUAUCGAAGAUUUCCCCCCAAUUGUCUUCGCCGGAGAAGCUCGUAUCCUUGAAGAGCGUCUCACUGAUGCUGCUCUCGGCAAUGCCUUCCUUCUUAUGGGCGGCGAUUGCGCUGAGAGUUUCAAAGAGUUCAACGCUAACAAUAUUCGUGACACCUUCCGUGUUCUUCUUCAGAUGGGUGCUGUUCUCAUGUACGGUGGUCAGAUGCCCGUCGUCAAGGUGGGGAGAAUGGCUGGCCAAUUCGCCAAGCCGAGAUCAGACGGUUUCGAGGUUAGGGAUGGAGUAAAAUUGCCGAGUUACAGAGGGGAUAAUAUCAAUGGAGAUACAUUCGACGAGAAAUCGAGGAUUCCCGAUCCACAAAGGAUGAUCAGGGCUUACUGCCAGUCGGCUGCUACUCUUAACUUGUUGAGGGCUUUUGCAACUGGUGGUUAUGCUGCUAUGCAAAGGGUUACUCAGUGGAAUUUGGGAUUUGCUGAGCACAGUGAACAGGCUGAUAAGUACCAGGAAUUAGCUCACAGAGUUGAUGAGGCCCUUGGAUUCAUGGCUGCUGCCGGGCUUACACUUGACCAUUCUGUAAUGCAAGCUACUGAAUUCUGGACUUCCCAUGAAUGUUUGUUGUUGCCAUAUGAACAAUCUCUCACAAGGUUAGAUUCAACUUCUGGGCGCUACUACGAUUGCUCAGCUCACAUGCUUUGGGUUGGAGAACGUACUAGGCAGCUUGAUGGUGCUCAUGUUGAGUUCCUUAGAGGAAUUGCCAAUCCCCUUGGAAUUAAGGUGAGUGACAAGAUGGAUCCAAAUGAGCUCACCAAGCUCAUCAACAUAAUGAAUCCUGACAACAAGCCAGGGAGAAUCACUAUAAUCACUAGAAUGGGAGCUGAGAACAUGAGAGUGAAGCUUCCUCAUCUGAUUAGAGCUGUCCGUAGGGCAGGUCAAAUCGUGACUUGGGUCAGUGAUCCUAUGCACGGAAAUACCAUUAAAGCUCCUUGUGGUCUGAAAACUAGGCCUUUUGAUGCUAUUCGGUCCGAAGUCAAAGCCUUCUUUGAUGUCCACGAGCAAGAAGGAAGCCACCCAGGUGGAGUUCACCUAGAGAUGACAGGACAAAAUGUGACCGAGUGCAUUGGUGGGGCCGAAACUGUGACCUUUGAUGAUCUGAGCUCACGCUACCACACACACUGUGACCCCAGGCUGAACGCCUCCCAAUCUCUGGAGCUUGCUUUCAUCAUUGCAGACCGUCUAAGGAAUAGGAGGAUGAAGACCCAAGCAUCUCUUACUUCCUAAACAGAAUCCCCUUCUUUUUUACUUCUUUUUGGUGUGUCAAAAGUGUUGUUUAGUUAUUGUACGAAUAUUUAUAACAAUACAUGCUUAAGUACCGGAUUCUUUUAGAAGUGUAUUUUGUGUACUGUAUGUGUAUACCGUUGAAUACCAAAAAUCGAGUAUUCUGGUGUUUGAGACCAUGACAAUUGACAAUAAAAUGUGACUACUUAUUUACAAAA